AUGGCAAUGCGCAGGAGCUGCGUGCCACGCGCGACGGUGCUCGAGGCUCCGAGGAGCACGCGCUGGGAGAAGUAUAGCGACCCGCAGUGCACCGCCGGCUGCGCCAUCAAGUCUUGCUCGGGCAAGUGGCACCCGUGCUGCGUGACCAAGGCGGUUGAACCUCACACGUACGCGCCCAAAUCUGCGGAAUUCCCAAGCCUGGCAUUCCGCCUGGAGUACUAUUUUGGCGUGGAAGACGACCGCGCCUGCCCGAGGUUUGGCAGGCUAAAGGCGAAAAUGCGCUACGACCACGCCUUUCUGUACAGCUGUGGCUCGCCCAUCACAGGGAUCGCUUGCAAGGGCAGCCCUUGCCACCCGACAUAUGGCAACGACAUCUUCCGUAUGUGCGAGGCGUUCGGCCGUCCGGGUGCGACCUUCGCACUGACCCUGGGCGACCGGAUGGUCGCCAACAGCGGCGUGAUCGGCAAGUCGAGGGACGUCCGGACCGGCUGCGGCGCGAUGCUCCCGCUCAACACGGGACGGCACUGGGCGCCGCUCGGCGCUGAACGCGAGCGGAAAGACGACGCGCACCUCAUGUAUUCGAGGUGGGUCUUCAUGCGCAGCGCGCUGGGGCGGCGGAACCGGACCUGGGCGGACAGCUGGCUCGCCCGCUGGCUCAAGCCGAAGGUCCCAUGGGCCUCCAAGCAGAAGGACAUCGUGUGGCGCGGCACCACGACGGGCUGCUGCUGCAACGCGGAGACGUACCGGCCGCCGUCGGCGCCGUGCGUACGCAAGGACUUCGUGCAGGCGCUCGGUCGGCGGCACAAUGUCAAGUUUAUCGGGCCAGUCGUGCAGAAACGCCACGAGUGGGUCGCCGAGAACUGGACGUUUGGCGAGCGGCUGUCGGUGGGCAAGCAGCUGUCCUAUCGGUACAUUCUCAGCCUCGAGGGCAACGAUGUGGCGACCGACCUGAAGUGGAAGCUCGCGCAGAACAGUGUCGUCGUGAUGCCGCCGCCGACGCGCGAGUCGUGGCUCAUGGAGGGCCUGCUGCUGCCGUGGGUGCACUACGUGCCGCUCUACAGGCCGGAGGACCUUGAGUCAACGCUCCGCUGGCUCGACAGCCACGAGUCGGCGUGCCUCCGGAUCAUCGCAAACGCGCGCGAGUGGAUGCGCCGCGUGUUGCAGCCGGCGGACUUUACGCCGCUCUUGCAGGCGCUGCUCGUUUCCCCGCCAGACCUAUCUAUCGACGCCUCGUCCAGAGACUUUACUGAUGAAAGGUGA